CUCAUGCCUUCCUGUUAGUCAAACCCAGAGAAGUUCACUCUGAUCAGCUGAUCCUAACUGACAACAGGAGAGGAGGAAGCCCCGGAGGCACCGUAGGAGGAGGGGGGCGGAGAUGGAGAUGUGGAUGGAUCCACCCGUGUCCUGAGGAGCAGCCUCCCACCCCCACCAGCGCCCCGUCGUCCCCGACGCCGCCUCGCCGAGGCCGAGCUGCUCCGCGGUAUCUUUUGACAUAGCUACUUGAGUUUGAAUUAUAUUGAAAAACUCCUGACCACUUUAUUUCAUUACUGAAACUUCAUGGCUGAGGGCUCUUGAGCCCGUCCCAGUGAACCUACCAGAUCUCUCUCAGUCAUCAACAACUUCCAAGUUCAUUUUGACCACAUCUUUCCCUGCACUUUAUGGAGGAUAAAACCAUCAAACCAGAUCAACAUUGCUGCUGAUACAAGAGUCUUGGAAGCAGAAACAAAACCAACCCCACAAACUUGAACAUUUGUGGGUGUAAAAAAUUAAAGGAUAGAUUUUUUCCUUUUCUUUCUUUCUUUCUUUUCUUUUCUUUUUUUUUUUUUUUUUUUUUAAGGCAUCCAGAGCCCUGUGUAAGUUCUGUGAAGUCUGCAGACUCAAAACCUUUGUCUUCCCUUUUGAGGAAAGCUUGGUAACUGUUAUUCAUUACCAGUGAGUUAUGAGUGCCCAGACUUCCCUAGCAGAGAAGGGCCUGAAUCCGGGGCUGAUGUGCCAGGAGAGUUAUGCCUGCACCGGCACUGAUGAAGCUAUCUUUGAGUGUGAUGAGUGUUGUAGUUUGCAGUGCCUGCGUUGCGAGGAGGAACUCCAUCGGCAAGAGCGCCUGCGGAACCAUGAGCGGAUAAGACUCAAAGCUGGUCAUGUCCCUUACUGUGACCCCUGCAAAGGCCCCAAUGGGCAUUCUCCAGGUGUUAGGCAAAGGGCAUCUGUGAGGUGUCAGACCUGCAAAAUCAACUUGUGCCUAGAGUGCCAAAAGAGAACUCAUUCGGGGGUUAACAAGAGGAGGCACCCUAUUACUGUGUACCAUGUCAGUAAGGUCCAGGAGUCCCUGGAAGAAGAGGAGAUGGAUGAGGAAAACAAACGGAAGAGGAUGACUGAGAAGGUUGUGAGUUUCCUCCUAGUAGAUGAAAACGAAGAGAUUCAAGUAACAAAUGAAGAGGACUUUAUUAGGAAAUUGGACUGUAAACCCGAUCAGCAUCUGAAGGUGGUUUCCAUUUUUGGAAAUACAGGCGAUGGAAAGUCUCACACCCUCAACCACACUUUCUUCUAUGGCCGUGAAGUCUUCAAAACCUCCCCUGCCCAGGAGUCCUGCACAGUGGGAGUGUGGGCUGCCUAUGACCCAGUGCACAAAGUAGCAGUGAUAGACACAGAAGGGCUCUUGGGGGCCACGGUGAAUCUCAGCCAGCGAACGCGGUUGCUGCUCAAAGUUCUGGCCAUCUCAGACCUGGUCAUCUAUCGAACUCAUGCAGACCGGCUUCAUAAUGACCUCUUCAAAUUCCUUGGGGAUGCCUCAGAAGCUUACCUGAAACACUUCACCAAGGAGCUCAAGGCUACCACUGCCCGCUGUGGCCUAGAUGUCCCCUUGUCCACCCUGGGCCCUGCAGUUAUUAUUUUCCAUGAAACUGUACACACUCAACUACUGGGCUCUGAUCACCCUUCAGAGGUGCCGGAGAAACUUAUCCAGGACAGGUUUCGAAAGCUUGGCCGUUUUCCUGAAGCCUUUAGUUCUAUUCACUACAAAGGAACGAGGACUUACAACCCCCCCACAGACUUCUCCGGGCUUCGAUGGGCUUUGGAGCAGCUGUUAGAGAAUAACACUACCCGGUCUCCCCGGCACCCAGGGGUCAUCUUCAAAGCCCUGAAGGCACUGAGUGACCGCUUCAACGGUGUGAUCCCUGAUGACCAGAUGGCGCACAGCUCCUUUUUUCCAGAUGAGUACUUCACCUGCUCCUCCCUGUGCCUCAGUUGUGGGGCUGGCUGUAAAAACAGCAUGAAUCAUGGGAAGGAAGGAGUGCCUCAUGAAGCUAAGAGCCGCUGCAGAUACUCCCACCAGUAUGACAACCGGGUUUAUACAUGCAAGGCCUGCUAUGAGAGGGGCAAGGAAGUCAGUGUGGUGCCAAAAACAUCUGCUUCUACUGACUCUCCCUGGAUGGGUCUUGCAAAAUAUGCCUGGUCUGGGUAUGUAAUUGAAUGUCCAAACUGUGGUGUGGUCUAUCGGAGUCGACAGUACUGGUUUGGCAACCAAGAUCCUGUGGACACGGUGGUGCGAACAGAGAUUGUGCAUGUGUGGCCUGGAACAGAUGCGUUUCUGAAGGACAACAACAAUGCUGCCCAGCGCUUAUUGGAUGGGAUGAACUUUAUGGCUCAGUCUGUGUCUGAGCUCAGCCUUGGGCCCACCAAGGCUGUGACUUCCUGGCUGACAGAUCAGAUUGCUCCGGCCUAUUGGAGACCCAAUUCCCAGAUCCUGAGCUGCAACAAAUGUGCGACAUCCUUUAAAGACAACGACACCAAGCAUCACUGCCGGGCCUGUGGGGAGGGCUUCUGCGACAGCUGCUCAUCCAAGACCCGGCCAGUGCCUGAGCGGGGCUGGGGGCCUGCACCUGUACGGGUGUGUGACAACUGCUACGAUGCCAGGAAUGUCCAGUUAGAUGUUACUGAGGCACAGGCAGAUGAUGAAGGUGGAACACUGAUCGCUCGGAAGGUGGGCGAGGCGGUGCAGAACACUCUGGGAGCCGUGGUGACCGCCAUUGACAUACCACUAGGCCUGGUGAAGGAUGCAGCCAGGCCAGCCUACUGGGUUCCUGACCACGAGAUCCUGCACUGCCACAACUGCCGCAAGGAGUUCAGCGUCAAACUGUCCAAGCACCACUGCCGCGCCUGCGGACAGGGCUUCUGUGACGAGUGCUCCCAUGACCGCCGGGCUGUCCCCUCUCGUGGCUGGGAUCAUCCUGUCCGAGUCUGCUUCAACUGCAAUAAAAAGCCCGGUGACCUUUAACCCCAGCUCCCUCUCCGAGUCCUUCACAAUUCCUUAGGUUCUCAGGGUUAGAAACAGAAGUCAUUUGAGGUAGGCCCUCCUCCCGGUCACCUGUUGUGUGUGUCCUCUCCUCUCCUCAUCCUGGAGCCACUUUUCCUCCUUGGGGUGAGCCUGGCGGCAGGCCCGAAGGCACAAACCCCUCAGGGCAGGGGACCGAGCAGCUCACAGCAAAGGGGUAUGAACCUCAAUCUGCUGCAUUAAUUUCAGUUAAAAAUUAAGUCUUAUCAAUGUACAGCUCGACCAGUAUAUUAUACAAAUGAAAGGGAACUGGGGAUGUGUUGAGGCUGCUGGUGGCUGUGGAAAAAAACCCCCAGUCUCCAGUACAGGGCUAAGGUGGCCGUGGCAGCAGCAGGUCUUCGCACAAAGCCGACCAGAUCUAGAGCCUGUGUAGCUGCUUCUCUCUGAUCCCUGCCAGCCUCUCCCUCCUAGUCUUUUCCUUCCCCUUGCUGCCUGGAUAGUGAGCCUCCUAGGUCCUCCUGCUGGAAACAGCCUGAAGAGAGCUCCAUUGGGCCCGGGAAGUUGAAGCCCAUUUCUUGGUUUCAGCCCGUUUUAGCCAGAGACCACCCUGCUUCGUGUGCAGGCCCACUGGUGUAGGUGGAGGGUCAGAGGUCAGGUCUUUGGUCCGGAGAAGUCCAUAUGCAGGUGCUGUGGUAUCCUUCAUAGCAGGAAAAGAUCAGGGUGACCGAGGCUUCUCCAGCAGUGUCCCUGAUCAUUGACACCGUGUUUACUAGGCUUUCCUAGAAGGCCGUGCCCUGCUCCUACGUCAGCACCUGCCACCCUUGGAGCCCAUGACCUUCUGAGUGUCACACUAGAAUCUAUUGCUUAAAGUGUCUUAUUCUUUGUUCCCAGACACACAACCUCUCUAGCUGUUGGAGGGGUGAUCAUGAGAAAACCUUCCAGGGAAACAGAGCACAGAAUGGACUGUUAGUUGUUUUUGUUUUUUGUUUUUUUUUAAGCAUAUAUAAAUAUUUCACCAGAUCAUGAAGAAAAAAUUCUCUUUGGUUCUUGCAAGAGAAGUCAAAUGAAAGAAUGUUCUUCAUCAAGAGCUUGGACAUGCAUUUCUAUCAUGACUGGACAGAGACUGUUGUUCAGAAAUCUUCUCAUCAGGGUGGAGUUUUAUCUUGAAUGGCCAAAAAAGGAAUUACAGCUACAUAGUUCUUGACUGAACUGGUGGGUGGGCGGAGCUUUGGGGAGGUGCAUGGGCAGUCCUUCCUGGGGUGAGUAUCUGUGUGAUGUGAGCCCUGGUAUGGGUUGGUCCUUCUUAGACCUGCUCCUUCCUGCCUCCAGUGACUGAGGCCCUACUCUAGAACUGUGUAUUAAAUUCGCCAUCAUAAAGGAAUCUUCCUGCUGAA